CGACAACUUUUUGGCCAUCGAGCAAGCCAAUCAACGACAAUUAACAACAACUUGCUCAUCUCUCGCUACCUACAGUUCUCUUCUUUUCUGCUCUCUUCUCCUCUCUCUUUUCUGUCACACAGCAUUCACCACGGCGUGCUUCAAGAUGUCAAGUUUAUACCGGUUCGAGAAGCCCAACGACUUAGUUGAAGUCUUCGAGGAUCCGGAUAUUGAGGAUAUCGAGUAUAUCGAGAAGUUGCAUGCAGCCGUGCCGCAGUUGGCGAAUGAUUAUCGUGUGUUGCGGUUGGUUGGGACAGGAACGUUCAGCUCCGUCUUUCAAGCCGUUGACAUCAAUCAUGCAUUCUAUGAAGAUUUCAUGCCUCUCCAAGAAUCUACAAACAGACGUCGUUACUCGACUCGUCGUGCGGCGAAGGACCCGAAGUAUGUUGCCAUUAAGCAGUUGUAUGUCAACGCAUCGUGUGAUAGGAUCAUCAAGGAGUUGGAUAUCCUGAACAUGUUAAGAGGUUUACCUGCCGUUGCGAGUUUGGUCACUGCGUUUCGGUGUGAGGAUCAGAUCGUAGUGGUGUUGCCAUUUGUAAAGCAUUCGGAUUUCAGAGAGUUCUACAUUGGCUGUCCUCUCCAAGACAUGUCCUCCUACACUCGUCAACUCUGCAUCGGCAUUCAGUCGUGUCAUUCGCAGGGUAUCAUUCACCGUGACGUCAAGCCGGGGAACUUUUGUUGGAAUCCGGAGACGAAGACCGGGGUGUUGGUUGAUUUUGGUUUGGCGCAGUGGUACGAAGAAGACACGAAUUGCCCGUGUUCCGGUGUGAGCGAGGUGCUUGAUGCACAUGGCGUGCGAGGUGAUGAUGUUGAGGAUGGACACACACCAACUCCAUAUGAUGAUCGUCACUCCAAGCGUGCGGAACGAGCUGGUACCCGCGGUUUCAAAGCCCCCGAAGUCCUCUUCAAGUGUCCGAACCAGGGGCUAGGCUUGGAUAUCUGGAGUGUGGGGAUCACGAUGCUUUGCUUUCUGACGCAGAGGUAUCCGCUCUUCAGUGCUAAGGAUGACAUUGACUCGAUCAUGGAACUUGCUUGGAUUUUUGGGAGGACACAGAUGGCUGAAUGUGCACGACUGCAUGAUUGCUCGUUUGAAGUUAAUGUUCCCACCAUUCGCGAUGAACGCGUGCCUUGGGGAGAGCUGGUGAGGUCUCUCACCGACCAGGACCCGGACCACUACAAGUACAAGUGCCAAGAGCCUGAGAUGAGGCUUGCUUUGGAUUUUCUUGAUAGGUGCUGUGAUUUGAAUCCGAAGACGAGGAUCACUGCGGAUGAGUGUUUGAAGCAUCCGUUUUUGCUGCUUAGUGUGGGUAAGAGUUCAUGAUGUGAACAUGGGUAUGUGAUAAGGGACGCUUACUACUGAAGUAAUUGCGAGGUGUUGCCGAUGGAUGGAGUCGACAGAGCUUGUAUCUCUAUUCCUGUGAUAUCGAUUAUAACUUAUGGACAUCAUUGAGUGCAC